AUGGCUCGCAAGUUCUUUGUCGGAGGAAACUGGAAGAUGAACGGCACCAAGUCGUCCAUCAAGGCGAUUGUCGACAACCUGAACAGUGCAAAGCUCGACCCCAACGCUGAGGUCGUUGUUGCACCACCAGCACUCUACCUCCACUACGUCCGUGACUCCCUGAACAAAGGCAUCGAGGUGUCAGCGCAGAACGUCUACGACAAGCCCAACGGCGCCUACACGGGCGAGAUCUCGGUGGAGCAGCUCAAGGACAGCAACGUGACCUGGGCGAUCCUGGGCCACAGCGAGCGGCGCACGAUCCUGGGCGAGACGGACGAGGUGGUCGCGUCCAAGACCAAGUUCGCCACCGACGGCGGCCUGAGCGUCAUCUGGUGCUGCGGCGAGUCGCUCGAGGAGCGCGAGGCCGGCAAGACCGUCGCUGUCGUCACCAAGCAGCUCGACGCCCUCAAGGCCAAGAUCGGCUCCGACUGGUCCAAGAUCGUCGUCGCCUACGAGCCCAUCUGGGCCAUCGGCACCGGCAAGGUCGCCACCACCGAGCAGGCCCAGGAGGUCCACGCCGCCAUCCGCCAGUGGCUCAAGGAGAAGGUCGACGCCAAGGCCGCCGACGAGACCCGCAUCCUGUACGGCGGCAGCGUCAGCGAGAAAAACUGCGUGGAGCUCAGCAAGCAGGCCGACAUUGACGGUUUCCUCGUCGGCGGUGCUAGCUUGAAGCCUGCCUUCGUCGACAUCAUCAACAGCACCCAGGCAUAA